AUGAGAUAUAGAGGAGAGAAUCUUGUAGAAAAGUCUGUAAAUGACGGAUAUAAAGAAAGAUAUAGAGAACGACGGUUGGAGGAGGAAAGUGCAACUCAACACUGUCGCCUUAAAGGAGUGCUUAUAGCACUACCGAUCUAACCAACUGCAAGACGCCAAUGCAUGUCCAUAGGCGAUGAUGGAGAACAACGGCAACGGCAAGAAGCUGCGGCACCACUUCGUGCUCGUGCACGGGCUCUGCCACGGCGCGUGGUGCUGGUACAAGGUGGCCACCGUCCUGGAAUCCGCCGGCCACGGCGUCACCGCGCUCGACCUGCCCGGGUGCGGCGCCAGCGCCGUGCGCGCCGAGGAGGUGCGCUCGUUCGAGGAGUACUCACGGCCGCUGCUCCGUGCCGUGGCCUCCGCGCCGCCGGGGGAGAAGGUCGUCCUCGUCGGGCACAGCUUCGGCGGGCACAACCUCGCGCUCGCCAUGGAAGCCCACCCGGAGAAGGUCGCCGUCGCCAUCUUCGUCUCCGCGCCCAUGCCAGUCGCCGGCCGGCCCAUGUCAGCGAUCCUGGAACAGCAUCUCCAAGGAGAUUCAGCGCCGCAUUCCUUCCUGGACUGCACAUUUGGAAUCGUGGAGACAGGCUCGGAGGAUCCAGCGGAAACAUUCCUGGUAGGCCCAGAGUGGAUGUCACAGAGGAUGUAUCAGCUCAGCCCUCCAGAGGAUCUGACACUUGCCAGGAUGCUGGCUAGGCCGGCGCAGAUGUUCCUCAGGGACGAGGCCAUGACCGGGGAGAAGGUUCUGACGGAGGGCAGGUACGGCGCGGUGACCCGAGUGUUCGUCGUCGCCGAGGAAGACAAGACGUGGCCUGCGGAGGAGCAGCGGCGAGUGGCGGCCUCGUGCGGCCCCGGCGUGGAGGUGAGGGCCAUCGGUGGAGUUGAUCACAUGCCCAUGUUCUCGAAGCCAGCGGAGCUCGCCCAAGUCAUCAUGGAAGUAGCGGAAAAGUACAGUUGACCGGGAGGAAGAGCAACUCUUGUGAGAUUAAUUUUUAUGAAUCUUGAAAGGAAUGAGAGCUGAGAGAGAAAGAGAGAUGUUAUUUUAAAAAAAAAACUGGCUAGCUUAGCCUCGCGAACCGGGGAUGUUCAA